AUGGGCAACUUGAAGAGCGUGGGCCAGGAGCCCGGGCCCCCCUGCGGCCUGGGGCUGGGGCUGGGCCUUGGGCUGUGCGGCAAGCAGGGCCCAGCCUCCCCUGCACCGGAGCCCAGCCGGGCCCCCGCACCCACCACCCCGCACACACCAGACCACAGGGCAGAGGUCCCUGGGGAGAAGAAGGACCAGCCCAGCCCAGCUCCCAGCAGCCCCACGCUGACCCGGCCUCCGGAGGGGCCCAAGUUCCCUCGCGUGAAGAACUGGGAGCUGGGGAGCAUCACCUACGACACUCUAUGCGCACAGGCCCAGCAGGACGGGCCCUGCACCCCCAGACGCUGCCUGGGCUCCCUGGUGUUGCCCCGGAAACUGCAGACCCGGCCCUCCCAGGGACCUCCACCUGCUGAGCAGCUGCUGAGCCAAGCCAGGGACUUCAUCAACCAGUACUACAGCUCCAUCAAGAGGAGCGGCUCCCAGGCUCACGAGGAGCGCCUUCAGGAGGUGGAGGCCGAGGUGGCAUCCACGGGCACCUACCACCUGCGAGAGAGCGAGCUGGUGUUCGGGGCCAAGCAGGCCUGGCGCAAUGCACCCCGCUGUGUGGGCCGCAUCCAGUGGGGGAAGCUGCAGGUGUUCGAUGCCCGGGACUGCAGCUCAGCACAGGAGAUGUUCACCUACAUCUGCAACCACAUCAAGUACGCCACCAACCGCGGCAACCUUCGCUCGGCCAUCACAGUGUUCCCGCAGCGCGCCCCGGGCCGCGGAGACUUCCGGAUCUGGAACAGCCAGCUGGUGCGCUACGCGGGCUAUAGACAGCAGGACGGCUCCGUGCGCGGGGACCCGGCCAACGUGGAGAUCACGGAGCUCUGCGUCCAGCAUGGCUGGACCCCUGGAAAUGGCCGCUUCGACGUGCUGCCCCUGCUGCUCCAGGCCCCAGACGAGGCUCCGGAGCUCUUUGUUCUGCCCCCCGAGCUGGUCCUUGAAGUGCCCCUGGAGCACCCCACACUGGAGUGGUUCGCGGCCCUGGGCCUGCGCUGGUAUGCCCUCCCGGCCGUGUCCAACAUGCUGCUGGAAAUUGGGGGUCUGGAGUUCCCCGCGGCCCCUUUCAGCGGCUGGUACAUGAGCACGGAGAUCGGCACGCGGAACCUGUGUGACCCUCACCGCUACAACAUCCUGGAGUCUAAACUGGAGGCCCGUGAGUACCGUGAUGCUCAGGAGUUUGGUGCCGACGUCCGAUUGAUGUUCUCUAACUGCUACAAGUACAACCCUCCUGACCAUGAGGUGGUGGCCAUGGCCCGCAAGCUCCAGGUGAGGCUCUGGGGCAGCUCCGGGGAGGCCCCUGGCUCUGUGCGCCUGGGACCCCCUCAUCCCCUCCUUGCUCACAGUGCGGUGAAGAUCUCUGCCUCACUCAUGGGCACCCUGAUGGCCAAGCGAGUGAAGGCAACCAUCCUAUACGCCUCUGAGACCGGCCGGGCCCAGAGCUACGCUCAGCAGCUGGGGAGGCUCUUCCGGAAGGCCUUCGACCCCCGGGUCCUGUGCAUGGAUGCAUAUGAUGUGGUGUCCCUGGAGCACGAGGCGCUGGUGCUGGUAGUGACCAGCACCUUCGGGAACGGCGACCCCCCGGAGAACGGAGAGAGUUUUGCAGCUGCACUGAUGGAGAUGUCAGGGCCCUACAACAGCUCCCCAAGGCCAGAACAGCACAAGAGUUACAAGAUCCGCUUCAACAGCGUCUCCUGCUCAGACCCGCUGGUGUCCUCCUGGCGGCGGAAGAGAAAGGAGUCCAGCAACACGGACAGCGCGGGGGCACUGGGGACCCUCAGGUUCUGUGUGUUUGGACUGGGCUCCCGGGCAUACCCCCACUUCUGCGCCUUCGCACGAGCAGUAGACACCCGACUGGAAGAGCUGGGAGGGGAGCGGCUGCUGCAGCUGGGCCAGGGCGACGAGCUCUGUGGCCAGGAGGAGGCCUUCCGUGGUUGGGCAAAGGCGGCCUUCCAGGUGAGCCCCCCAACUCCCACCACCCCUCCAACUCCAAUGCUGACUCAUUCCAUCCGCCCCCAAGACCUGCCACACGGAGGAAGCCAGGGCCUCACUGCCGCCCUGACUCUUUGGGAACUCCGGCCCCUUCCUGCUCCUCCAAAAUCCACCUUCAUAUUUUGCCCCGUUGCACAGCCAGCCCUUCUGGCUGACCGGGCCACCAUCCUGGUGCGCCUGGACACUGCAGGCCAGGAGGGGCUGCAGUAUCAGCCGGGGGACCACAUAGGCAUCUGCCCGCCCAACCGGCCCGGCCUCGUGGAGGCGCUGCUGAGCCGCGUGGAGGACCCACCGCCGCCCACCGAGUCUGUGGCCGUGGAGCAGCUGGAAAAGGGCAGCCCAGGCGGCCCGCCUCCCAGCUGGGUGCGGGACCCACGGCUGCCCCCGUGCACGCUGCGCCAGGCUCUCACCUUCUUCCUGGACAUCACCUCCCCGCCCAGCCCCCGGCUUCUCCGACUGCUCAGCACCCUGGCUGAAGAACCCAGUGAGCAGCAGGAGCUCGAGACCCUCAGUCAGGACCCCCGGCGCUACGAGGAGUGGAAGUGGUUCCGCUGCCCCACGCUGCUGGAGGUGUUGGAGCAGUUCCCGUCUGUGGCACUGCCCGCCCCGCUGCUCCUCACCCAGCUGCCCCUGCUGCAGCCCAGGUACUACUCCGUCAGCUCGGCCCCCAGCGCCCACCCCGGAGAGGUCCACCUCACAGUGGCCGUGCUGGCGUACAGGACCCAAGACGGGCUGGGCCCCCUACACUACGGGGUCUGCUCCACGUGGCUGAGCCAGCUCAAGACUGGAGACCCCGUGCCCUGCUUUAUCAGGGGGGCUCCCUCCUUCCGGCUGCCACCUGACCCCUACGUGCCCUGCAUCCUCGUGGGCCCCGGCACUGGCAUUGCCCCCUUCCGGGGAUUUUGGCAGGAGAGGCUGCAUGACAUUGAGAGCAAAGGUCUGCAGCCCGCCCCCAUGACCCUGGUGUUCGGGUGCCGGUGCUCCCAGCUCGACCAUCUCUACCGCGACGAGGUGCAGGACGCCCAGCAGCGCGGGGUGUUUGGCCGCGUCCUCACCGCCUUCUCCCGGGAACCUGACAGCCCCAAGACCUACGUACAGGACAUCCUGAGGACCGAGCUGGCUGCCGAGGUGCACCGCGUGCUGUGCCUCGAGCGGGGCCACAUGUUUGUCUGCGGCGACGUCACUAUGGCAACCAGCGUCCUGCAGACGGUGCAGCGCAUCUUGGCGACAGAGGGCGACAUGGAGCUGGACGAGGCCGGCGACGUCAUCGGCGUGCUGCGGGAUCAGCAACGCUAUCACGAGGACAUUUUCGGCCUCACGCUGCGCACCCAGGAGGUGACAAGCCGCAUACGCACCCAGAGCUUUUCCCUGCAGGAGCGGCAUCUGCGGGGCGCAGUGCCCUGGGCCUUCGACCCGCCCGGCCCAGACACCCCCGGCCCCUGAAACCCCUCUUGCUUCCCACUGCAGUUCCCGGAGAGAGGGGCUGUCAUUCCACUACGGCUCUACCGCUGUCCUGUCGGCCUUACCGGGACCGGCCACUUCUCCCUCCCCUCCCGAGGUGACCUCUCACCGUCUGUCCAGAGUCUAUGGAGACUGUUCGCAUCCCCUGUACUAUCUCAUCCUCUCAUCUCUGGGUCGGUUUCCCCAACCUAAGUCUGAGUCUAUCUGGAAGACCCCUCCCAGCAGCGGUAUUCCAGAGCCUGCAGUCAGCCCUUUGGUGUUUAGGUGAAUUUUAGAUUCCCCUCGCCUCUCUCUGAAGUAUCUUAUCUUGAAACCUGAUCUCUAAAUCAUUCAAAUAUUUAUUAUUGAAGAUUUACCAUAAGAGACUGGACCAGAAGUUAGGAGACCUACUAAGAUGCCUAAGCCAGCGCUGUCAAUUACAGUUACAGAAUAAUGA